CUGUUUUUUUUUAUCAUUCUUUGAAGCUUCUUUAAUCAUUAUUUGAAUGAUAAUAUACGUUAACUCAUUCUUUAACUGGUUGUUCAAGAUUCAAUUAGAAAGUUAUUACCCUUUUUUUUUUUGUUUAUUCUAAUAUUCGUUUGUGCUAAGGAUUGAAUAUUUUGAGCAGACCCAUGUGCCACUCUAACCUGUUCGGUGAAUUGCUUGAUAGAAAAAAAAAAGAAAAAAGAAAAACGGAUUCUAGCGUAGAGAAUGAUAUCACAACCAUUAAAAGACAGUUAACACAUUGCAUGAUGCAAGCUGCAAUUCAUACCUGAUGCUCAACUAAUCACAUUCACUGGGAGUGUGAAUAAAUUGCCAAGCCUUCCCUAUAUAUGCACGUAUUUUCUCUCUCGUUUUAAGAUCUCUUUAUAUGUGCAUUGUAAACAGGAACCCAGAGAUAUUUUGGGAUCUGGGUUUGAAUAGUUUCAUACUUUGUUUCGUAGUUUGUUGAUAAGUUCCUUGUAAAACCCGUAAACAUUCUGUGACUUGUGUUUGUGGGAUUUGUUUUAUGUUCCAUUUUGUCUUUUCAUCGAAUAACCCGUUGAUUCCUUCUCCAUCACUGUCAUUCUUUCUAAGGACUUUGUUGACCAAGUAGUAUUUUUGAGGAUUUCUGUUAUUUGGUAUUAUAUCUGUUUGUGUUAGUGGUAUACUUACAUCCACCAACUCUUCUUUGAGCUCAUAAUAAGUGGGUCUCAGUGAUUGUUUGCUAAUCAUACUUGCGUUGACUACCUCUCUCACAAAUCACAAUCUCUCUUUUUCUCUCUCCAGAUCAUGUGCUCUAGGGGUAGUAUAGUAUAGAUAGAUUUUUUGGAGAUAAAGAAACUCUUUGGACUGUUGUUUCUUUGUUUUGAUUGCUUGAUCUACCAAUUCAGCUUGCUUAUUUGAUUAAUGGAUCGUUCUCUAUUGUCUAUUCUUUCCCUGUUAUCUCUUUUUCUCUGUUCUUGUAUAUCCUUUCCUAGUGAAGAUCAAGAAAGAGACAAAAUCACAUAUUUACCUGGGCAACCAAAAAAUGUAGAAUUCAAUCAGUAUUCAGGUUAUGUGACUGUGAACCAACAAUCUGGAAGGGCAUUGUUUUACUGGUUGAUUGAGUCCCCAGCAAGUCGAGGAGCUGAGUCAAGGCCACUUGUUUUGUGGCUCAAUGGGGGCCCUGGUUGCUCUUCAGUUGCUUAUGGAGCAGCUGAGGAAAUUGGACCGUUUCGCAUUAAGCCUGAUGGCCAAACUCUUUACUUCAAUCCUUAUGCUUGGAAUAAGUUGGCAAAUUUACUAUUCCUUGAAUCUCCAGUUGGUGUUGGGUUUUCAUAUACAAAUACGACAUCAGAUUUGUACACCAUGGGCGACCAGACAACUGCCGCAGAUUCAUAUGCAUUUUUAGUCAAUUGGUUCGAAAGGUUUCCACAGUACAAACAUAGAGAAUUUUACAUUGUUGGAGAAAGCUAUGCAGGUCACUAUGUUCCUCAGUUGUCCCAAAUUGUUUAUGCUAAGAACAAGGGAAUUCAGAAUCCUGUAAUAAACUUCAAGGGAUUUAUGGUGGGAAAUGCAGUCACUGAUGAUUACCAUGAUUAUUUUGGCACCUUUGAGUAUUGGUGGACGCAUGGUUUAAUUUCUGAUUCUACCUAUAAGACUUUACGUGUUGCCUGCAAUUUUGAGUCCUCCAUGCACCCAUCAGCAGAAUGCAUCAAGGCUCUUUACCUUGCAGAGGUGGAGCAGGGGCACAUUGAUCCAUAUAGCAUUUUCACUCAGCCAUGCAACGAUAGUGCAUUGCUGAGGCACAACUUAAGGGGUCAUUAUCCAUGGAUGUCCAGAGCGUAUGAUCCUUGUACAGAGAGGUAUUCUAAUGUAUACUUCAAUCUUCCAGAAGUUCAGAAGGCACUCCAUGCAAAUGUAACUGGGAUCCCUUACCCAUGGAAGACAUGCAGUGAUAUUGUUGGAAACAACUGGGAAGAUUCACCGCUUUCUAUGCUUCCUAUAUACAAAGAACUCAUUGCUGCUGGUCUGAAGAUAUGGGUUUACAGUGGAGACACUGAUGCAGUUGUUCCUGUAACUGCAACCCGAUACUCCAUCGAUGCAUUAAAGCUACCAACUAUUACCAACUGGUAUCCUUGGUAUGAUAAUGGAAGGGUUGGCGGGUGGAGCCAAAUUUACAAAGGGUUAACUUUUGUAACAGUAACUGGAGCAGGGCAUGAGGUUCCACUCCAUCGCCCUCGCCAAGCAUUUAUUCUUUUCGGGUCAUUUUUGGAGAACAAGCCAAUGCCUAGCUAAACCAUUUAGUCCUGUUCACUUAAUGCCAGUGGAUGAACAAAUUAUAGAAUUAUUCAUAUACAGGGAUCUGUAAACGACAGAAUAAACAUCGCAUUCCUCUCGCGUGCCCCUCCAUUACUGCUCAAGUGCACCAUAUUCAUGUUCCGAAGUUGUAGAAUAUGCAUUUGAGAGUAAUCCAUUCUUUAUUAAAUUAUUUAAACUGUGCCUGUACCUAUAUUGGCUUGUCAUACUUCUUCUUCUAUAGGGUAUCAUGUAGUAUUGCUUUAUCUUGUUUUGAGUUCAUUAUGGUCAACAGUAGAAUAAAAUUGAUAGAAAGUGUUAUAUUUCUCAA